UUCGAGCCUACACAAAUAUUUAGCUUGUACUUGCAGUAGUAUUUAGCUUGCAACAGUAGAUGAUAUAACUGCUGGUUUACUUACACACCGAUAUAGUACUGAUCAAAGAGUGCGUUUCGAUUGCUUUCUGCACACAUUGCAUUACUUAAGUUAGGAUGACCAAGGCCAGACUGCUUCCACGAUGCAUUGUGAAUGCGGACCCAGAUGUCGCUGAGAGCCCCAAUCUAGCCACCGGUACAACUGUGCUACAAAAGAUAAAGCUCAGCGUAAUGCAGUUCAAUGUGCUGGCUGACAGUUUGGCAUACUCUGCUGCGUUCCCGCUGGCCAGUACUGAGUGUCUGAAGUGGUCCCAUCGAGCACCGCUUAUUCUGGAGGAGAUAGUGCGCUUCUCUCCCACAGUUGUGUGUCUGGAGGAAGUGGAUCAUUUCGAUGAGCUCGAUGCAGCAUUGCGCUGCGAAGGAUACGAGGGCGUGUUUCUGAAGAAAAGCAAAGGUGAUUCUCUGGACGGCUGUGCAGUGUUCUACAAGACGCUCGAGUUUAAACUAGGCAACCGCCACGACCUCUUGUAUAGAGAUGAACUGAACAAUGACGACAAUCAAGUAGCACUGAGUGUUGUGUUGCAACACACAAGGUCGAGUCGUAAGGUACACGUCGUCACCACACAUCUGAAGGCCAAAGACGAUUUCGAGGAUGUCAGGCUGGAGCAGAUCAAGGUGCUAUCGCUAUUUUUGACACAAGAAUGCUACGCUACCCUCCCUCUGGUGGUCUGUGGCGAUUUAAACACCGAGUGUGACGGCCCUGUAUACGCUCAUCUCAUGCAGCUACCAACUCUAAAACUAGAUUCGGCAUACAGACAGUUUUAUGGCAAAGAACCACCGCACACCACACUAAAGCACAGGCCGCCUAUCACCCGAAGGCGUACGAUCGACUACAUAUUCUACAGCACACAACACUUCAAGUCCCCCUCGUCUGUGCUACGGAUACCAAGUGAGGAGGAAGUGGGAGAGGCCUUUUUACCAUGUGAACGGUACCCGAGUGACCAUAUAGCUAUCAUGAGCGUGCUUGUGCUGCGGCCCCAGCUGUAGGUAAUGGCAUAUAUGUUCUCAUAUAUAUAUUAUAUAUAUACACCAAUUAUAACACGAUAUAUGUAGGAUUUUGAGGAAUUCGAAUAAACGCAACCCUAAAC